UGUAUGCCAACCACCAAUAAAACUCACAAGAAGAAGAAAAAGAAGACGAGCGUGUGGGACGUCAGUGUUUUGAACGGAGGAUUCAACUCCAUUAGAGCGCUGUUGGGUGUCAGAGACGUGUGGAGUUCGCUAAUCUCAUCUCGUUCUCAUCCUGAACUGGUACUGUGUUUGUAAACCUCACCGUUUCAUCGGAUUUUGCCUUAAAUCAAGUCUCUAAUGCAGCACGAGGAGAAAUAAACAAAAAUCCAAUGAAAUUAGUAUGUUUAUGGAGGAAAGGGAAACUAAACUCUGUGAAAUGAGUGGGUCAUUUUUCUGUGAUAGAGCUGUCAACUCUCAGCUGAAGAGAAAGAGAGCAGCGUCUCCAUUAUCUAGCUGUGUCUCUCUGAAGAGUAACCGCUCCAUUCGUCUCCCCCCUGAUCUCAGUGAUGGAGCUGUGAACUCUGACUCUGUUGUGGAACAUGGAGGAGGAUUCAGGACUGUAUCAACACUGCACAAAUAUGCCUGCAAACUCACACUGGAUCCAAACACAGCAAACAACAAUCUCGUUCUCUCUGAGGAGAACAGAACGGUGACGCGUGUGAGACGGAAAUGGAGUCGGUCUUAUCCUGAUCAUUCAGACAGAUUUGAUGAGAUCAAUCCUCAGGUUGUGUGUAAAGAGAGUCUGACCGGACGCUGUUACUGGGAGGCUCAAUGGAGCGGAUCAUCUGCUGAAAUAGCAGUGUGUUAUCAAGGAAUCAAGAGGAAAGGAGGGACUGAUGACUGUGUGUUUGGACGUAAUGAUCAGUCCUGGAGUCUCUUUUGCACUGAUCAGUUAUUCUCUGUCAAUCACAACAAUGAACGCACCGAUAUCUCCGUUAAUCCAGACUCCAGCAGGACAGUAGGAGUGUUUGUGGACGAGUCGAGCGGCUCUCUGUCCUUCUACAGGGUGUCUGAUAAGCUCACACAAUUACACAUAAUCAACACCACAUUCACCGACACACUCCACGCUGGAUUUAGACUCGGUUAUAAAUCUUCAGUGUCUCUGUGUCACAUUUAAUAACACACAGAGUCUAUAAACCUAUGAAAGUUUUCUUACUCAUGUCAUUUCUUCUCUCUUGUGUUUGCUGUGAUGUGUAUUAAACACUCUGCUGCUUGUGAAACAGAUUCA